AUGGCAAAUUUAAUAAGGCUAUGCAAUAUUCACAGUACAGAAACAGUCAACUCACUUUUUAGUUUUAAGAAAUUUUUUAUUAAAGUAAAAUCAGUAAAAGUUCCAAGUUUUAAAUUAAAACCCUCAACUAAAUGGCAUUACCAUUUUACGAAGAGAAAAUUACAUUCAACCGCAGAUAAGCCUGUAUCAAUAUAUAUUAAACUAGGUAUUGGAUUAUUUUCUAGUUUAGGUUUAAAAUUAGUCCGUGAUAAUACAGUGUUUUGUUUGGAAAAACAUAGAUCAAGAUUAGUCAGUACAAAAAAUAUUGUAAAAGAAUCAGAUUUUAAUUGGACCAAAUUUUUCAAAUAUUUGCAGAUUUAUUGGCUUGAAUUAUUAGGAGCAAUUUUGGCUGCUAUAAUAUGUGCAGCUUUAAACAUUCAAAUACCUAGGGCACUUGGUGUAUUGAAGCCAGUUAUUAAAAUAAUCGCAUAUUUUUCAUUGCAAUCUUUAUUUACAUUUUUUUAUAUUGCUUUAUUGUCAAAUAUUGGUGAGGGAAUGGCUAGGACAAUGAAAACUGCCAUGUUUUCAUCAAUUAUGAAACAGGAUAUGAAAUUUUUCGAUUUAAACAGAUCCGGAGAAAUAUUAAAUAUAUUAAUAGUUGAUAUUCAAGAUUUUAAAAGUUCUUUUAAAAUGGUGAUUUCUCAAGGGUUGAAAAAUUUAACACAAAUUAUUGGGUGUGCAAUUUCAUUGUUUUUAAUAUCGCCUGCCAUGACUGGAAUUUCUUUAUUUAUUGUGCCUACUGGGAUUAUAUGUGGAAAUAUUGUGGGAUCUAAAUUGAGAAAACUCUCUUAUCAUGCUAAAUCACAGUGUGCUAAAGUUACAUUGACAGCUGAAGAAGCUAUUUCUAAUGUGAGAACAGUUAGAUCUUUUGCUAUGGAGGAUGUAGAAUAUAAUAUUUUUAAUGAAGAAGCAAAAAAAUGUGAAAAAUUAAAUACAGAAUUAGGGUAUGGAAUAGCUUUACUUCAGGCUGGAAGCAAUUUCUUUUUAAACGCCAUGGUGCUAGGUACAAUUUAUAUCGGAGGAUACAUGAUGUCAAUUGGUAACAUAACUGCUGGUAAUUUAAUGGCUUUUCUUGUAUCAGUACAAUUACUUCAACGUUCUUUUACUCAAAUGUCCGUUUUAUAUGGAUUUUACAUAAAAGGAAAACAUGCGGGAGCUAGAGUUUUUGAAAUGAUAGAUUUACCGCCAGGAAUAACUUUAGGUUCUGGUAAAAAAAUACCUUAUCACUCAUUACUACCAAACGUCGAAUUUAAAAAUGUUGUUUUCUCAUAUCCUUCCCGUCUGAAUCAAGACGUUUUAUCAAACAUUAAUUUGUAUAUACCUGAAGGAAAAACAGUUGCCAUUGUUGGAUCUUCCGGUAGCGGAAAGUCUACCCUGGCAUGGUUGUUGGAACGGUUUUACGACGUCGAAGAAGGUGUUAUUUUAAUCGGAGGAGAAGAUAUAAAAACAUUAGACCCUACUUGGCUACGUAAAAAUGUCGUUGGCUUUAUUAGUCAAGAACCGGUUCUAUUUGCCACGUCAGUUUUAGAAAAUAUUCGAUACGGAAAACAAUCCGCUUCCGAUGAAGAGGAAAAAGCAGCCAAAAUGGCUCAUGCCGAUGAAUUCAUAAGGAAAUUUCCCGACGGUUACAAUACAGUGGUCGGAGAGAGAGGAGUAUCCGUUUCCGGUGGACAAAAGCAGAGGAUUGCAAUUGCUAGAGCUUUAUUAAAAAAUCCAUCGAUUUUGAUAUUAGAUGAGGCCACGAGUGCUUUGGAUUCAGAAUCAGAAAAAGCUUUACAAAUGUCUUUGGAUGCUGUGACUAAACACAGGACCACAAUUGUUAUUGCUCACAGGUUAAGCACGAUAAAAAAUGCGGAUUUAAUUAUAGUUUUAAAUAACGGAGUCAUCGUUGAGUCUGGCACUCAUGGAGAGCUUUUAAGUAAAAAUGGAAUGUAUGCUACAUUGGUAGCUCAACAAAUGUAA